AUGCAGCAGAUCAAGGAUGUGGUGGCUUGGGAACUGGACAGGCUGUCGCAGGACCUGCAUGAGCAGGUUUUCGGUUCCCAGCACCCGUUUUCCAACCUGCUGGGACCUGCGAACAGGCACUCUCGUGCCCCGAGAGUAAGCGAGCUAGCGGCCGAGCUGGCUCCGCCACUCUUUGACAGUGGAGUCCCUGGAGGCUGUGCUGCAGUUGGCCUCGUCAGAUGUAGCAUCUCGAAAAGUGUCAGAAACUUCCUGUCCUGCUGCAAGAGACAUGAGAAGACCGCACAAAGUUUUGUAAAGGGUUCCUUAACACUUGCUUGA